AUGUUAGAGGUGGAUCUGGUCAAGCAUAAUGUUGGCGGGUCCGCUGAUUCUCGAAGAUAUAACAAUAUACAGCUUCAAGGCUUUGGUGCCUAUGGAAUUGUGUGCUCUUUAAAAGACAAUCUUACCUCUGAGACGGUUGCGAUAAAGAAAAUCCCAGGCCCAUUUCGAUCGGAGGAGGCAGCCAAACGGACUUUUCGUGAGGUCAAAUUACUUCGGCAUCUCGAACAUGAUAAUGUGAUCUCUCUGCGAGAUAUCUUUGUCUCCCCCCGCGAUGACAUAUAUCUAGUAACAGACCUCAUGUCUACCGAUCUCGCGCACAUCAUCUCUAUGAAGCCAAUAGAUGAUGAAUUUGUCAAAUAUAUCUUCUACCAAAUUAUGGUAUGUUACCAACGCGAUCAGGAGUCCUGUCGACCUACCAGUCUAACGUUCCACGUCAUUCAGCGGGGCUUGAAGUACAUCCAUUCAGCGGGCGUUGUGCACCGCGAUCUCAAACCAAGUAACGUCCUGGUAGAUGAGAAUUGUGAUAUCAAAUUAUGUGAUUUCGGGCUCGCCAGAACGGUCGACACCACUAUGACGGGCUACGUCUCCAUGCGACAUUACCGAGCACCCGAAACCAUGCUUACAUGGCAAAAAUACACCGUUCAAAUCGAUAUGUGGAGUGCGGGCUGUAUACUCGCGGAAUUAAUUGCAGGCACACCACUCUUUCCGGGCCAAAGCCACGCCGAUCAAUUUUCUGUCAUCCUCGAUCUUUUGGGAUCUGUUCCCCAGAGUGUCCUACAGACAAUCCCUUCCCAGAACACCUCCAAAUACAUCGCAGGGCUACCCGUGCGAACCAAGCGAUCAUUAGCAGACACUUUGUGUAACGCUUCUUCUGAUGCCAUAGAUCUCCUGGAAAAGCUGCUGGUUUGGGACCCAAAUGAGCGUCUCAUUGCCGGAGAUGCUCUUGAACACCCAUAUUUGAAACUUUAUCAUGAUCCUACCGAUGAGCCUGUGGCCAAGGAGAAGUUCGAUUGGUCUUCAGUCUCCAAAGAUCAUUCACUUGACCAUUGGAAAAUUCUCACGUUUGUCACCGCGAAGCCUAAUAUACGUAAUAAAAAGCUGACAUUUUGUAGAUAUUCGGAGAUUAUGAAUCAUCAUAAUGCCCAAAUUUCGGAUGAAUUGAUCGAUUUCCAAAGCAUGUUGGAUGAAUAA